AUGGCGAUCAAAGGGGAAGGACCUUGGGUCAUUGGGGCGAUGUGGUCUUUGACGGCUGUUGCUUUUAUCUUUGUCGUGCUGAGGGCGUACACGAGAAUCUUUGUCGUCAAGUCAUUCGGCGUCGACGACCAUGUCUACAAUCUAGCCUUUAUAUUCCUCCUCCUCGACACCAUCUUCACAACCGUCGCGGUGGACUACGGCGUAGGCCAAAACAUGAGCGAUGUCAUCCAGAACAACCCCUCCGACUUAGCCCCAGCGCUCAUCUUUGAAGCCGUCAGCCAAAGCUUUGCGAUAGUAGGAAUGAGUUUAGCGAAAUGGUCACUCGGACUCUUUCUGCUUCGACUUGUGAAACAGCAAUGGCACAAGGUGGCUAUUUGGUUGUCCAUGGCCAGUCUCAUGUGCGCUUCCAUCACUGUAUGCUUUGUGUACUGGCUCCAGUGCUCUCCGCCGAAUUACCUCUGGGAUAGGACUAUACCCGGUGGACGCUGUACGGUGGACACGGCUCCUGCGUCCAUGUUGCUCUGCAUUCUUUGCGUUGUGGUGGACUUUUUCCUUGCUGGCUUUCCAUGGUUGUUUAUCUGGGGGUUGCAGAUGAAGAUGAAAGAGAAGAUUGUCAUCCUCAGCAGUCUCAGUCUCGGGGUCAUUGCCGGAGCGUUUGGCAUCAAGAGAACCCUCGAGGUACCAAAACUCAAGAGUCCCAAUCACACCAAGGACCCUGUCGGCCUAAUCGUCUGGUCCGCCGCCGAGAUGACCGUAACAAUGAUCUGCAUCGGCAUUCCCGUCUGCAGACCUCUUUACAAGAAGUAUCUCAGCAAACGGAGUUCUCGCAACAGCAGCAAGUAUAGGGAGCAGAACUCUGGCGCACCAUAUCCUCUGCAAACUAUUGGUGGAAAUACAAUGUAUCCAGCCCAGGUACAAAAAAAGGACAGCACGUCUGAAGCUUCGGUGAAAGAGUACGAGAGAAAGGGUGUCGGAAGUUUAUAUACCAAGAAUAAGAUCUUUACGAAAGGGGCUGAGAGGGGAUAUGGUGAGAAUCAGAGUGAGGAGGAGAUUCUGGGGCCUGAUUUUCGGAGGAGUCAGGAAAGAUGUUGA